AGCUGGUAGGUUAAACGAAGUUGAUAUUUGCAUUAGAUUCUAUCAAUUUUUUUAUUUUUUGCUUUGCAAACUUCGUAUAGUAUUGUCGUUUAUUAGCAAUGCCUGCCUUACGUCGUGAUAUUGGUCCAUUUUUGCAACGUAUGAGAGCCUUUUUAUUGGGCCGUGAGCAUACAUUGGCUUUGCGUUUUGAAGAUGGUCUAGCAGAUCGUACCCAGCCACCUCCAGAGAUACCAUAUCCCGUUUUGAGGUCUGACUGUUACUAUCACGGACGCGAUCCUCGUCGCAUUGUGGCUCCUCCCGUCGAUUUGGUUCAAGCCAAUUUAAAAAUUGCCAGCGAUUCCAAGCCAGCUGCAAAUCGUUUGCCCACCCCAGGACAAGUGUACAAAUGGGAUUAAACUAAUUAAACAUUAAUAAAUCGGCGUGAUGUUAGUUAAUUGAAAUCAAA